UGUUCAUAAUAAAUGUGACGUCAUGGGCAUCGCCAUCUUUAUCGUAUGUCAUGUACAGUUGUAAAGUGUAUUCGUCAUCGAAGCAAAAUUUGGUGAUAGCUGUCAUCAUUUUUAAACAAUUCACAUCUCUAUUAAAUUGUCUAUAAAUCCUUCAUCUUAAAAGAUAUGGACGGCAGUGGCAAUUCCAGAGAUGGAGAGGCAGGUGUUCCUCGUAAUUCUCAGCCACCUUCGACUAAAAAGCUGCAACAAACACAAGCAACCGUGGAUGAGGUUGUGGGGAUAAUGAAAGUAAAUGUGGAGAAAGUAUUAGAAAGAGAUCAAAAGCUAUCGGAAUUAGAGAAUCGUGCUGAUGCUCUGCAACAGGGAGCGACCCAAUUUGAACAGCAGGCAGGAAAAUUAAAAAGAAAAUAUUGGUGGAAAAAUCUUAAAAUGAUGAUCAUCAUUGGUAUCAUCUGCGUGAUUAUUCUUAUCAUUAUCAUUGUUUCAACUGUAUCAGGCUCAUCUGACAAUUCCUCUUCUAACUGAUCACAUUGUACCAAAUGGGAUAUAAUGCUUUGGGGUUGUUAAUUUAUAUCCAAAAAUGAAAGUUAUUCCAGCAGAGUAAGGGCUGGGCACACACAAACUUAGAAAUAACAUAAUCGUUGAAAAGUCACGACUUGCAGUCCUGUUCAAAGGAUUUGCGAUUAAAGUAGCACAGACAAAAA